CUAUAUACUGCGUCACUUUCCAGCCGACCGCCGACCGUGGGAGAGAUUUCCUCCUACCUCCUUCGUGCGUUUUUUAGGGUUUGGGCUUGAACUCUGAAGAGCUAAACAGUUCGGCAGAAGAGGAGCGUUUUCGUAGGCGGAGAUGAGACCGUUGGACGAGGCUGAGACAACUGCAGUGUUCGAAAAGCUCUUCAAAUUCGUCGGAAACAACCUCAGGAGCAUCGUUGAAAAUCCCUCCCAUGAAGGUCCCGAUUCCAACGCUGGCCGCUAUUGCUUCCGCCUCAACAAGAACAAAGUCUACUACGCCAGCGAAUCCGUCGUCAAGCGCGCCACCAACAUAGCCCGACCCAACCUCGUUUCUCUCGGCACUUGCAUCGGCAAAUAUACUCACGGAGGUAAUUUUCAUCUCACAGUUCAGGCUCUGAACUUGUUGGCUGCUAAUGCUAGGCACAAGGUCUGGCUGAAACCCCAGUCUGAGAUGUCUUUCUUGUACGGGAAUCAUGUUUUGAAGAGUGCCUUGGGAAGGAUUACAGAGAGCAUUUCGCCUGGUGAUGGGGUUGUGGUGUUUUCCAUGUCCGAUGUGCCCCUGGGUUUUGGCGUGGCUGCUAAGUCCACUCAGGAUUGCAGGAAAUUGGACCCUAAUGGUAUUGUGGUGCUUCACCAGGCGGAUAUUGGUGAGUAUCUGAGGACGGAGGACGAGCUCUGA